AUGGGGAAUAAACAGGGGAAGCGGAAAAAAUACGAGUUAUGUGAAUUUCAAUUUGAAAAAGAGUUCCAAGUGAAGUUUCCUUGGAAUGAAAUCGUCCAGUGGGGAAGCCGAGAUGUGAACGUAGACAUGAACCUCGGGGCGAUCCAAAAAACAAUAGAAGAAAUAAAAGAUAUUACAACAGAUGAAGAGACAUAUUUUAAUAUGACGGAAGUGGAGUGCAUUGAUUCGUUCCACUUGGACGAUGACAUGGUCAUGUGGGCCACAUCACUUUUAAAGGAAAAUAGGAAUUUACAGAAAAUACGAUACAACCUUGUUCCUAGGAUCAUUAGCGAGAACGAGUUUUGGAUGAGGUACUUCUCAGCCAUAAAGCUCAUCGUUACAAAAAAUGCGUUUGACGGGGAGCACGGUGGCACUGCUGGUACAUGA